AUGGCAAAUCUUCUUGAACAAGUUCGUCAAUCAACAAUAAUUGUUGCUGAUACAGAAAUUCUUAAAAUAAUUCCAGGUCGUGUUUCAACUGAAGUUGAUGCACGUCUUUCAUUUGAUUAUCAAGGACAAAUAGAUAAAGCUCGACAUUUAAUUGAUUUAUAUGAAAAACGUGGUAUAUCAAAAGAACGUAUUUUAAUUAAAUUAUCAUCAACAUGGGAAGGUAUACAAGCAGCUAAACUAUUAGAAGAUAAAUAUCAUAUACAUUGUAAUAUGACAUUCAUUUUUUCUUUUGCACAAGCAUUAGCAUGUGCUGAUGCUAAAGUUACAUUAAUAUCACCUUUUGUUGGAAGAAUUUUUGAUUGGUUUGUUGAAAAAAAAGGAAUACAUGAAUAUAAUAUUGAAGAAGAUCCUGGUGUUAUGAGUGUUACACGUAUUUAUAAUUAUUAUAAACAUCAUAAUAUAAAAACAGUUAUUAUGGCUGCUUCAUUUCGUAAUAUAAAACAAAUUCUUGGUUUAACUGGAUGUGAUUUAUUAACAAUAACUCCUAAAUUACUUGAUCAAUUAGCAUCAGAAAAUACAAAAGAAAAUGAAAAAAUUCAAGUUUAUUUACAUAAAGAACAUCGAAAAUGUGCACGUGGUAAAAAAUAUGAAAAACUCGAUGAAAAAACAUUUCGUUGGAUGUUAAAUGAAGAUGAAAUGGCUAAUGAGAAAUUAGCUGAUGGAAUACGAAAAUUUGCUGUUGAUGCUCAAAAACUUGAAGAUCUUAUUCGAAAUCGUCUUCAACAAAACAAAUAA